GUGACUCCGGUAGUACAUCCGGGACACUGCUCAGCUUCACAUGUGUGUUGGUGCAGCUGUCAGCUGGAGAACAGGAGCUGAGCUCAGGUCGGCUUGAAACGCGUCUCUCCGCAGAGAAAAUGGCUCUGGUGGGGAUUCAGCUCGUGGUCAGCCUGCUGGCUGCCAGCAUCAUGCAGAAGAUGGCUCCACACUGCUCCUUUGCACGUUGGCUCCUCUGCAACGGCAGUUUGUUCCGGUUCAAACAUCCUUCAGAGGGAGAGCUGUGCGCGCUGGCCGGAAAGCAGAUGCCCAAACAGAACAAGAGAGACAGACGGCAGAAUGGAGAAAGCAAGCCUCUCACUGUGCCCAAAGACAUUGACCUUCACCUGGAAAAAGCUCCAGUUAACGUCAUUGAUGCUCUUGUGCUGCGCUUCUUCCUGGAAUAUCAGUGGCUGGUAGAUUUUGCCGUCUAUGCGAUGGGUGUCUUCCUGUUCACCGAGUGUUACUACAAUGUGGUGGAUGCCAGCAAAGAGGUCAAUGUUGGAGCUCUCUGGUGUGUCCUGACGGUUCUCUUCAGUGUAAAGACCCUUCACACUAUGAUGAGUCACUAUUUCCGCUCUGAAGAAGGCGGCGAGCGAUCCGUGUGCCUCGCCUUUGGUUUUCUGUCUCUGCUCGUGGCCAUGCUGGUGCUGGUGGUCAGAGAGGACUACCUGGAGUUCGGCCUGGAGUCGGGCUUUUCCAACCUCUUUGACAACUUGGAAGUCUUCGCCAAACAGCAGGGCUACGCUGACUGGUCAAUCCCAGUGACGAAGCUGACAGUGAAGCUGGGUCUCGCCGCUGUCUGUGCUUACAUCGGUGCUCUGCUGGCUUUCCCCGGACUGCGAAUGGCUCAGACUCAUCUUGACGCUGUACAGUUGAACUCCGGCCGACCAUUCAUCCAGAUUCUGCUGCAGAUAAGCUUCCUGUCUCCUGUAAUUGUGUUGGUUCUCUGGAUAAAACCCAUUGCAAGAGACUUCCUGGCCAACGCACCGAUGGGGAAGACCUCUAUCACAAUAGUUCCCAGUGAAUUGUUCGACAGCGUGCGUCUGUGGAUCAUCGUGGGGCUGUGUGUGCUGCGCUUAGCACUGACCCGCUACCACCUGCAGGCCUACCUCAACCUGGCUCAGAAGUGGGUGGAGCAGAUGAAGAAGGAAGCGGGGCGCAUCGCUGCCAUUGACAUUCAGAAGAAGGUUACACGUGUGUUUUGCUAUCUGACUGUCAUCACUCUCCAGUAUCUGGUUCCUAUUUUUCUCAUCCUGUUUUCCACACUGUCACUCAAGGCACUAGGGGACUUCUCUUGGGGAGCGGGUGCCGAAGACACCCCCGGGGUCACACCGGCCCUGCUGAUACCCACUGCGGCACCUGUGCUCCCUGGCAGUCUUGAUGAAGAUGAAGAGGGGGUAGAGGACAUGGAUGAAGACGUCCAGGCCACAGUAGCUCACCUGAUGGCGUCCUUCACAGCGCUGCGGUCUGUCCUCACUCCACUUUUCUUCCGGGGCUUCUUCGCCUUCCUCACCUGGUGGGUGGCGGCCUGUCAGGUCAUCAGCUCCCUGUUUGGCAUCUACUUCCACCAGUACCUCAUGCAGAGCUAAGCGAGGAGGUCAGAGCACCAUGCGCCAUAGCCCUCAGCUAUGGUUGUACUGUUGCAUUGUAUUGAUGCCUGGAGGUGGAACAUUUCAGUAAAACACAACUAGAGACCGAAUUCUCCAGGUUUUUGGAUGAAAGAAGAACUGAUCAAGGUUUGUUGAGUGAAAACAACGGUAGUGGGCACUCACUGCUACAAAUGACUUUCAAUGACCAGCAUAGUACUGGUAUCAAUAACACCAAUAUACAGACAGAACUGGAACCUGAAUCAGGAAGCAGGUUAACUUAGUCUGGCUUUCUUUGGGUUUCCUGGCUUUACUCUGUCUGAACAAUAGUGUCACGGAGCUGGAUAACAACUGGCUCACUACCCUGAGUUGACUGAUCCAUCCAUGAGCAUGUUCAUUCAACUUACAGCUGUGGGAAAACCCAAUUAUUGCAGUAGAACUACAUAAUGCUCAGUGAAGUGAAAUAUAAACAACAAAAAUCUGAGAUAAUACUUGUGGCUGAUUUAGAAAACUAUUCAACUAUUCCAAUGGACUCUAAUAAACCAGAGUCCAAUGGAAUCCCACCAGCAGGUGAUGUCUGGCAAGAUGUUGACAUUCUGACCCAUGAGCACUCAGCAGUCAUUACUAUAUUAUUAGAUGAGUGCUUAGUACUUGAUCUUCAUUUCAUUAUCAACUUAAUGCGUGUAAUGCUUUGUCAACACACACUAUUUUCUGAACCACGCUUUAUACACACAAGACAAUACCAGCCGCGCCACAUUUUAGCUGCUGAUAUCUCCCAGUUUUCCCAGUGGCAGCAUAGGUUGUCAGGGUGAUCCAUUCCAGUUAAAAGAGAGCCUGUUUCAUGAUAUCAAGAAAUUCAGAGUUAAAGUAAUAGCUCACAGAAAAAUUCAAAUCAAUCAUUAUCUACUCACCACUUUGUCGAUGAAGGGUUUGAGUCCACAACACACUUUAGAGUGUAAGGGGUAAACUUUGUUGCAGCAGAAUCCAGUACAAUAGAAGUCAAUGGUGAGUCCUUCAGACGUAAUAAAAACAGAAAAUACAUAACGUGUUGCCUACUUACUGCUUGUAUGGUGUCAUCCAAGUGUCAGAAGCCCAGACGUUCAUAUUCGACGAGGCCAUAAACACCAUGUUUUAAGCAUAAAGGUCCACAGGAAGUGGCUUAGCACUUCGUAGGAAGAUAUCGGCUAAAAGCACGUAACCUUGUUUCGAGUCUAAUCCACUUAGGACACAGUUGUUUUAUUUCUGUUUUGUUAAGUCUGAAAAAGACUCUUCAAUUUGAUUGUAUCUGCUGCAACAAAGUUUACCCCUGAGACUGAGAGUGUUUUGUGGACUCAAACACUUCGACCACACCUGCAUUGGAAUAAUGGUGAGUAGAUAAUGAGUGCAUUUUCAUUUUUAUCGGUGAGCUAUCCAUUUAAGCCCUAAGACAGCCGACUAACCCUCUAAUCUUACGUUGUGAUCAUCUUCCAGUUUCUUCAAUAAAACCUUUUCUGCAAUUUAUCAGACAUAUCCAGCCAGUGUUCCCCACAUUGUUCUUAUGGGAACAUUAAAUGCUGCAUUUUAGAUAUUUAAUAAUACCAGGUCGAGUGUGAGUGUUUGUCCAAGUGUAGAGAAGACACUUUAUUUUAGUUUUAUCUUAAAGGGAUGCUUUGUCUCCUUUUUAAGGAACCGAUUCAAGAGUGCUAAAUGUUCUUUUCUUUAAAUUAUCUUUUUCUGCUUUUACUGUUUUAGUUGUGAUGAAGUAGUAAAUCUCAGAUCCAGCCUAUUGAAUUAAACACCGCUGAACAUGCAUCAGUGAAAACUGAACUUGAACGGUUGCUUUUCUAUAACAAGUCUCCUUUUGAUAAUCCUAAGUGCCUGGGAGUUGAGGGGUUUUGAGUCUUUUAAAAUCUCCUUCCUCCAUGUUGAUAUAUAUAUGAGAAUGAAUACAAUCCUUUGAUGGAUGAAAUUUCACACUCCAGACCCAUUUGUUUUACUUCUCAUUUUUUAAACAAUGUUCACUGGCAACAUUUGUAGUUGUAGUGACUUCAUUAGCUGAAUUUACUUUGUUUGUAUUGCCAAUCAGUCGUGUACAUGUAGCAUUCAAUCUAAGUUAGUUUUGCAUUAAUGUGUUGUAUUUAUUUAUUUAUGAUACAUUUAGUUCUGUUCUUUAGAAAAGAUACAGAUGUUUGAACUCUUGUUUGUGGCACGUUUUUGGUUUUGUGUGUUUUUUUUGUAGGUAGCAUUUUUGAAUUGAACGCUCUGAAAUCAUCAAGCUGUGAGGGUGAAAGGAAAAAGUUGCUUCUUUUUUUAAAAUAUUUUUCUGAAUGCAUGGUGUGCAAACGUGUGGCUGUAACCUGAACAAUUUAAGUUGUUUGUAUGGCUUAAUAAAAAAACAUGAUGACGUC